CCUAUGGAUAGCGCUCCGGAGCAUAAGUUUGCAACCGUCACAGUCGGAGGUGAUAAGAAAUGCUUCGUUGUGCACGAGCACCUCCUCACUCACUACUCGAGCUUCUUUCGUGCCGCUUAUACUGGUCGGCACCGGGAAGCUGAGGACAAGACUGUCACACUGGAAAACACUACGCCAAAGGUCUUCGAGUUCUUCGUACAUUGGCUCUACUAUGAACGAUUUCCUGUUAGGUCUCUCAACGAUGACAUGGGUCUCCUUGAGGAGUGGGAGAGAGAAGAGAAUGAUCUUCCGAGUACCUGGUGGUUCGUAGAUCUCUACAUCUUCGGAAACAAGUACGAAGUCCAUCAGUUGAAAAUUGAUGUGCUCAAUGAGCUUUUCCACCUCCUUGAACACGAAUCGAAAUCAAGGUUGCCCGGUUUAGACGUUGUCCAGGAAGCAUUCGACCUUCUCCCCACAGAUUCGCCAAUGUGUGGCUUUCUAGUAGAAGCCUAUUGCUACUGGGCGAAUCCCGAGACCUUGGAGGAGUUUGGAGUUUUCAGCUGCAUGCCUUUUCUCAAGGCAGUGUGGUGUCGAAUGUGUCAGCUCAAUCAGAAGGGCUUGAAGCCUCAAAAGAAUUAUAAAAUUGACAUAUGCGACUUUCAUGAGCAUAGCACCGAUGAAGAGAAGGAAGCGUGCAGAAAACAGAGA